CAGAACUAGAACUAAUAAAAUCUGGACCCGAUUUCACUGUUCCAAGUUCCAACACUUAAAACGGUUAAACACUUCUCUCUCCGGUCUUUAUGGUCUUCACUGCCAUUUCUAAGUAAUUUCAAAAUCCCAGCAUAGAUCACAGAUCAGAACCAGAUGUUGCCUUCCCCAAGCUGUGACUGAAUCAAAGAUGAGAGGAACCAUUGGUACCUCCCCCAGCCCCAUCGAAGCCAGGCACCGGCUCUCUUCAACCAAUGAAGACACAAACAAAAGAAGAUCUUUAAGAAGUAAAGUUGGUGAGAAGUCCUUCCAUAUCCCCAGCCAAUAUAGGAAUUUAAAUUGCAAGUUCCUUACUCUGAAACUUGUGUUGAUCAUUAUCGUUUUGGGGACAUUUUUGACACUCCUCCUCUCUCCAGCAGUUUAUAACACAGAUCAUCCAUCCAGUUCUGGAUCUCGGCCAAGUUUUGUAGACCGAUGGAUAGGGGAAAAAUCUUCUGCAGAUCAACGUUAUGUAUCAUUUUUAGAUAUUAAUUGGGAACAAAUCUCAAAAAUAGUUGAGAAACUGACCGACCGGAAUGAGUAUCAGGGAAUAGGUUUGUUAAACUUCAAUGAAAGUGAAAUUGAUCAGUGGAAACAGUUGAUACCGGAUGCAGAGCAUGUUGUUCUGCACCUGGAUUAUGUGUCAAACAAUGUAACUUGGGAUUCCCUAUACCCUGAAUGGAUCGAUGAGGAAGGGGAAUUUGAGGUUCCCACUUGUCCUAGUUUACCAAAGCUUCAGGUCCCUGGAAAACCACGGAUAGAUCUCAUUGCUGUCAAGCUUCCUUGCAAUAAGUCGGGGGAUUGGUCAAGAGAUGUGGCUAGUUUACAGUUGCAACUGGCAGCAGCUAGGCUUGCUGCCACUGCCAAAGGGUAUCAUCCAGUGCGGGUAAUUUUGGUGACUGACUGCUUUCCACUUCCAAAUCUUUUUACUUGCAAAGACCUUGUUGUUCAUGAAGGCAACGCAUGGCUGUACGAACCCAACCUUAACGCACUCAGAGAAAAGCUCCAGCUCCCAGUUGGAUCUUGUGAACUAGCAGUUCCACUCCAGGCUAAAGAGCACUGGUACUCAGGGAAUGCACGCCGAGAGGCAUAUGCAACAAUCCUGCACUCAGCACAUGUAUAUGUCUGUGGGGCGAUUGCUGCAGCCCAGAGUAUUCGCAUGGCUGGUUCAACUCGAGAUCUUGUGAUACUUGUUGAUGAUACAAUCAGCAAUUAUCACAGAGGAGGCUUGGAGGCUGCAGGUUGGAAAAUCCAUACCAUUCAAAGAAUCAGAAACCCAAAAGCUGAAAGGGAUGCCUACAAUGAAUGGAACUACAGCAAAUUCCGUCUCUGGCAGUUGACAGAUUAUGACAAGAUUAUUUUUAUAGAUGCUGACAUGCUUGUUCUUAGGAAUAUUGAUUUCCUAUUCGAGAUGCCAGAAAUAUCUGCCACCGGAAAUAAUGGUACGCUGUUUAAUUCAGGUGUGAUGGUUGUCGAACCAUCGAAUUGUACAUUCCAGCUGCUUAUGGAUCACAUUAACGAGAUUGAGUCUUACAAUGGUGGGGACCAGGGUUAUUUGAAUGAAAUCUUCACAUGGUGGCAUCGCAUUCCGAAACACAUGAACUUCUUGAAGCACUUUUGGGAAGGGGAUGAGCAGGAGAAGAAAGAGACGAAAAUACGUCUCUUUGGAGCUGAUCCUCCAGUCCUUUACGUACUCCAUUAUUUGGGUUUGAAACCAUGGCUAUGCUUCCGUGACUAUGACUGCAACUGGAAUGUAGACAGAUUGCAGGAGUUUGCGAGUGAUGUUGCACAUAAACGGUGGUGGAAGAUCCAUGAUGCAAUGCCUGAUAACUUACAAAAGUUCUGCUUGCUUAGGUCCAAGCAGAAGGCAGCAUUGGAGUGGGAUCGAAGACAAGCUGAGAAAGCAAAUUUCACAGAUGGUCAUUGGAAGAUUAACAUUAAAGAUCCGCGUUUGAAGACUUGCUUCGAGGAUUUUUGCUUCUGGGAGAGCAUGCUAUGGCACUGGGGUGAAACAAAUUGGACAGAGAAUGCAACUGCUACACCAGCUGCACCUGGAAUUCCUACAACAUCACUCCCUUCCUUGUGACUUACUAGGUUUUUCUCCAAAACUUCCAGCUUUCCAUCUGUAGAUGACUCGGAAUUCAGUAGUUUUACAGUUUUAAUCAUUGCUAUAGUGAAAUGUAUUUCCCUUAACUCCUCCUUGUAGCCAGUUUUAUAGAACUUCCAUAUAAUUUAUUUUUCAUCCAUUCUGCACUCUUGAUGUCAUUGAUUAUUACACCUUUUGUGCUUUUGAGAUACAA